AUGGGGAUGCUGCCGUCCAGCCGGGUGUCGCAAGCGUUUCGAUUCGAGGAGGUCGGUGUGGACUACGCUGGACCCGUCUUCGUGAAGGUUGGACUCCGGAAGCCGCAGAUGGUCAAGGCGUACAUUGCGGUCUUCGUGUGUAUGACGACAAAGGCGGUACACCUGGAGCUCGUGUCCGAUCUGACGACAGAAAUCCACUCUGAUAACGGCACAAAUUGCAAGGGGGCCAAGACCGAGCUCCACGAGCUGUUCCUCCUGUUCAAGCAGCGUGCCUUCAACGACCAGAUCGAAACGUACUGCAUUUUGAAAAAUGCUCAACUCACCUUUGAGCAGUACGCCACCGUGCUGGCCGAGGUUGAAGCCGUGCUCAAUUCCCGGCCGCUGUUCGCGAUCUCUUCCGACCCCUCAUAUCCAGAGGUCUUAACGCCGGAACAUUUCCUGAUCGCGCGGCCGCUCACGGCCAUCCCUGAGCCAACCUACGACGGAAUCCCGACGAACCGGCUGUCUAAGUGGCAGCAUCUUCAACGCCUCCGAGAGCACUUCUGGAAGUUCUGGAAGAACGAAUACCUCACCAGUUUGCAGCCAAGGGGAAAGAACCUGAAGGAGAAACCCAACGUCCGUCCGGGAAUGGUGGUUCUACUGGAGGACAAGGAAGCGGCGCCGCUGCAGUUGAAGCUGAGAGUUGUAACGAACAUCUACCCGGGGCCCGAUGGCCUCGUCCGAACGGCUGACAUGAGAGUCGGCAGCACUACGGUCCGGCGGCCAAUCACCAAGCUGGCCAUCCUCCCGAUCCAACGAACCUGCUCCUGCUGGGUCUGCCCCCAGCCCGGGGGGAGGAUGUUGAGUCCUCAACGGUCGAAGGAAAAUUGGCAACACUUGCUGUCACCGCAGCCAGUUUGCUUCAAUCGACGAGUCACCCUGCGAAGAAAACGCAACCGUUGCUGCGAUCGGCGACGGAAGAGGAAGGAGAGAAACGCGCGAAAACGAGAGUCGGAGAAGCAGCAACUUUGUUCGUGA